AUGGCGCAGGUCCGGCCUUCAGUGCCUGGGCGCAGUUCCUCCGCCCACGCGUUCGAAAGCAAGCUCAGCCAGCAACUAUCGCAAGCACAAUCCCAAUCCCAAUCAGAAUCGCUGUUUGCCCACCGUGAGAGUGUAUCGCGUUCGCCUAAGUCGCGCUCGUUAUCCGAUGUCUCCAAGCCUACGUCCACCGCCCAACCCGCUACGGGAGACUUGAGUCGUCCUCCUAGCAAAGACGAUAGCAUGAUCCCAUCUUUGCCAGCAACUCCCAGUAGAUCGAACGCGCACCAUCUAAACCUCUCCUUGAACCUCUCCGCAAAAGCCUCCGCCUCACCUUCAAUCAUCAGCCGUGCCCCUCUCUCCCCAAAACUCGACUCUUCUCAAAUUACAUAUGGGUCCCCCGGUUCUGUUCUUCCACGGCGCUCUCGUGGUCUUGACUUCUCGCGCGCUUGCACAAAUCUCCACCAUUCGACCCUGGCAGAGUCAUCCCCGGAUUCAUCACCGACAGUUGGAGGACGCGGAAUGAUGAUUCCACAACGGCGCAGUUCGCCUGGUCUGACUUCGGUCCCACCUUUCUCAACGUCCGGCCCCGCAGACCGAACGGCGAUUUCGAGCUCAGUCUCGAGCGUGAACAUGAUGGAGUCCGAUACCAGUAGUAGUGAAGACGACGACGAUGCCAUGAUGGGGGACCGCGAUGACGUGAUGCUCAGUACGCCGCAGGCGGCGCGAAUGGGCUCAGGGCCGAGCCCUUUUGCGACGGGUACCAUUCAAAGUCCUGGGAACGACUGGAUGGGUGGUUACUCCCAAGCUGCGGCCAGUCUCAUGAGCUUCCAGCGGGCCCGUUUCCGAAAGGGACGUAGCCGUCACAGUUCCAGCAGUGCCAGCGGGAAUAGCACCAAGCCUAGCCCUGGACCUCACUCACCUCCAGUUAUGAAGAGUGUCGAGAACCCAACGGCUGGGUAUUUCGCACCCCGACAUUCGAUUCAUUCUCGACGAGAGAGUUUAAGUUUGGGGACGCGAGAUCUCCGAUUAUCCGACCUCAGUGAUGACGGGGAGAGUCGCGCUACCCGAGGAGGCAGUCCCACUGCUGUAUCGCAUACUGAUGGUGGUGGUGGGCCAUUAGGUGUGAUUCGUCGGGCAGUUACCCGUCGAGGAAGUCUUCUGCCCAAGACAAAAACAUUCGCCCGUAUCCGGGCCGCUUUGAUGGAAGAAGGCGCCCCCGUCGACAGCGAUAUGAAACGAGAGGCAGAAGUCAUUCGGCAGGUCCGCGACACCGAGCCCGAGACAUCACCCACACUCAGUGCCUUCCCAUCGCUUCAACCAACUCAACCACCCGACACUCCAGACAUGGAUCCAGCAGCCACAGCUGCCAAACCCGACAUAGCAACCCCUCGGGCCAAUAGUUUCAGCAAGCACGCCAGUCGCCAUUCCGGCGGAGUGGAUUUCUGGAACUCACUCGAUGGGCGCUAUCGUACACCACCUCCCACUCGUCCAGGAGGUGCCUCGUUCAAUGCGGAUGAAGAUAUUGCCAUGGAUAUGACUCCCUCCACAACUAUAGGGUCUACCAUCGACUCUAAGCAGCGCUCGCGGUCUUCCACACCGCAUGCCCCCGGUAUGAGCGCGAUCGGCGAGAUAUGUCGCAAGCGGCGUCGGGACGAUGAUUUCGAUCCCAACCUCUUUAAGCGAAGAGCUGUCUCGCCUAGUGUCAGCGCUCAAAGCAGUCCAGUGUUGAACCAUUCUUCCACCGUUGAUACUAACGGGCCCAACAUCUGGGGUCCACCAUCCAAGCUAGGGCCACCAUUUUCUGAGCGGCCUGCUAGUGAGAAUGGCAAUGGCAAUGGCAAUGGCAACGCCAACGGUGGUGGCAACGGUGGUACCGGCAAUGCUGGUAAUGGCAACCGAACGAGCUUUCAUGCUGGUACUACGAAACGAGUGGGAUUGCAGGGCAUGACCGAGGCUAGUGAUGGGUUCAUGAACAUGAGUAUUGAGUGA